GGAUUGGACAAAGCUCCCGAUGUGCUGACUGACAGGCUGCAGUGUAGAGAACACAAGUAGACACACUGUGAACAACAACAGUGCAGGGAGGGAAUUAUUAUUAUGUACAUGAUACACAGAGCAAAGGAAGCAGGAAGUAUUAUUGUGCAGGUGUUAUGAGCCUGGUCCGGUUCUCCGCCGUCGUUCCCGGUCUGAAGUUCCACACCACAGCCUCUCCCAUGACGGGUGCGACGGUGCAGCAGUUCGAGGAGGCCAAGAGCAAACUGUCGGCGCUGAAGAACGACCCGGGCAACGAGGUCAAGCUGAAAAUCUACGCUCUCUUCAAACAGGCCACUCAGGGUCCCUGCAACACCCCCAAACCAGGCAUGCUGGACUUUGUCAACAAGGUUAAAUGGGAGGCGUGGAAAUCUCUGGGCUCCGUACCACAGGAUGAAGCCAGGCAGCAGUACUGCGACCUGAUUGGCUCCCUGGUGGCGGCAGAAGGUGGAAGCUCCGCCCAGGUGGCAGCUCAGCCCGCUGGGAGCGGGACGACGUACGAGACGCUAUUGGUCACCACGGAGGACGGCAUCACCACCAUCAAACUGAACCGACCGGCCAAGAAGAACGCCAUCACUACUGAGAUGUACUCUGAGAUCAUGGCAGCUCUGCAGCAGGCGGCUAAAGACGACUCGGUCCUCACUGUUUUCACUGGAGCUGGAGAUUUUUACUCCAGUGGAAACGACCUGAGCAACUUCACCAAGAUCCCCGAGGGAGGGGUGGAGGAGAGCGCCAAACGUGGGGGAGAGCUGCUCAGCAGGGAGUACGUGAAGGCCUACAUCGACUUCCCGAAGCCGCUGGUCGCCGUGGUGAACGGACCGGCUGUGGGGAUCCCAGUCACAGUGUUGGGACUGUUCGACCUGGUCUACGCUACAGAGAGGGCCACCUUCCAGACUCCCUUCAGCCAGCUGGGUCAGAGCGCCGAGGGCUGCUCCUCCUACACCUUCCCCAAAAUAAUGGGCCUCGCCAAGGCCAGUGAGAUGCUGCUGUUCAACAAGAAGCUGACGGCGGUCCAGGCCUGUGAACUCGGUCUGGUCACCGAGGUUUUCCCUGACAGCAGCUUCCAGUCGGAGGUUUGGACCAGACUGAAGGCCUACGCCAAGCUGCCCCCCAACUCUCUGGCGCUCUCUAAACAGCUGAUGCGCUCGGUGGACAGGGAGCGUCUCCACGCGGUGAACGACGCCGAGGUGGAGCGUCUGAUGGAGCGCUGGACGUCGGACGAGUGUUUCAACGCCGUCAUGAGCUUCUUCCAGGCCAAGGCCAAACUCUGAGCGAGGUGUGAGUGUGAACAGAGGGGAUCGGUAAUCGGGGCGAAAUGUAAACGGCGGUGGGAGCAGCUCCGUCCUGCAGGCGGCGUGCCUCCACACGCUGACCCGUUAGUUCCCUCCUGAAUGAGACUGAUUCUCUGGAGAGAAGUAGAUUAACUGCUGUCUGGUUUACUGCGUGUGAAACUGUCCUGAAUGUUACUCGUAGAUGAAGAGCAGCCAGCCAAUCACAGAGCAGCGCUAACGUUAACUAACCUUCACUCUCGCUGCAGCCGCCUGUCUGACUGAGAACAUCACGAUGUCUGUAACCUUCCUGUGACUCGAGGUUAAAGUGCCUUAAACUCUUUGUAGCUCGCCACUCUGUCCCCUCAAUUAAAGAAACUUUGGAAUUAUUCAAAA